AUGAACUGGAAAAAAUGCAGGAGAGAAGUGAAAGCAAGUAAGAGAGAGAACAAAAGCGAAGAUGUGCAUUUUGCAGCAAUUAAGCUGGGCCAGCUUGCAGCCAGUUAUAUUGGUGCCGGUUCAAACGUCGAUUUACAGAGGCUGCGUCUGGGCUUUGCUGCCAGCAACAGGAAAUCGUGUCCAAAGCCCAGGGAGCGGCCUGUGCCCGCCUCCCCGCGCUGCGCUGCCCACGGCUGGGGAGCCCCUGCGAGUCCUCAGGGCAUCCGCAAUCUUAAAUUCUCCCGAGAGGCCGGAUUUUACAGGUUCUUGAGUCUUCCCUGCCUUAUUUUGCUCACCGCGCUUCUCUUUUCCUCAGUGGACUCCCCAGCUUCAGCUUCUUCCACCUCUGGGACGCUCACCCAGUACUACACCCCCGACUCUGCCACUAGCCCCACUGCAGCGGGGACCGCGUCUCCCCACUCGUCUCUGCAGAAGGUCAAGGCGCACGGCAAGGGUGUGGUGAAGACGGGCAAGAGCCGCACAGCCUUCUCGCAGGAGCAGCUGAAAGCCCUUCACCAGCGCUUCCAGAGCCAGAAGUACCUCAGCCCCCAGCAGAUCCGGGAGCUGGCUGCUGCCCUUGAGCUCACCUACAAGCAGGUGAAAACAUGGUUUCAGAAUCAACGGAUGAAAUUUAAGCGCUGCCAGAAGGAGAGCCAGUGGCUGGAUAACGGGAUGUAUCUACCACAGAAUGGGGUUCAUCAGGCUGCAUACCUGGAUGUAGCACCGGCGUUUCACCAUGUCUUCCCUGUCGGCGCCGGCGGGAAUUUUCAGGCUGUGCCCAACGUGCACCACGCUUACAGCAGCGGACAGACUUACGGGAAUGGGCAGAACCUGUACUCAUUUGUGUCUGUGGAGGAUGAGGGGCUCUGUGGAAAAGGUGGGUCAAGCUGCAAUAGCCAGCAAACCAUGGGUUUAUUAAGCCAGCAAAUGAACUUGUAUCACAGCUACUUUGACAAUACAGAUGUCAGUGUGGAUGCAGAAGACACCUUCAACUUCCAGAGCACCUCUGACACUGUCACUCCAUUUUCAAGCUUUACACAGAAUCAAUGCCAGUUACCUUGGCAUCCCAUGGGGACUCAGAGUGGGUAUGAGUCUCAGGUCUGAGUAUUUUUUUCUCCCAUCUCUCGUGUCCACGCAUGGGAUUUCCAGGGUUUUGACUUAAGUUCUGUUUGUUUUUCUUGUAUUGCUGUUUGAACUAGUAGAAGGGCUCAGCGCCCUGCUGCCUGGGGUUUGUUAACUAUUUAAAUGUCCCUGUCUGCUCAUAGCUAACCCUUGGCAAAGAUGCUUAGGGUAUUAAAGAGAUUGAACCUCAUUCAUUGAGGCCAGUGUGCAAUGUUGCAGCUGUGAGCAGCAGAGGUUGUUAAGGUCUGUUUGUUGUACAAGUUUCACCUUCUUUGCUGCUUCUCUAGCAGGUGGUCUCUGAUCCUUGCCCGGUGUGUCUUGCAGCACAGCUUCCACUGCAAAGGAGGUGAAUACUUGUUGCAGAAUAAUGUUUCAUAAAGUUUGUUUUUUGCAGUGUUAAAAAGCAUGUUUCAUGUUAUGUCCAAGUUGCGUUUUAUUGCUUUUUCUGGUUAAUGUUCAAUGCUCUUAAUGUUAAAUGUUCUUACAAAGUUGUUUGCAUUGAAAAUAAAUUACUCUUAUUUAAAUGUUGUGACGAUGUCACCAGCUUGCAUUCGAA